AUGACUUGUGAUAGAGAAUGUCCGAAAUUACCAAUAUCCCAUGCAGAUGAUCCAACAAAUAUUUCAUUUCCAAGUCAAAUAAGUAUUUCUUAUGAGUCUAUGUCUCCUUAUGAAGAACCACCACCUUAUACUCCACCUCCAACUGACUCUUAUUCUCCUCUUCCAACUCCGAAGUCAGUUCCUUCGUUAAAUACCAAACUUCCAGAUAUUACAAAUAUUCCUAUCGUAUCUGUCACUUUUUACACUCCUUUUCCAACAAAAUCUGCUUCCCCAAUUCCUACAGAUUUUCCAACGACAACAUCAUCAUCCGAGCCAACAACAGAUCAUAGCAAGCCGCCAACUAAGUCUUCCAUUACUCCAAAACCUUCAGAAGUUCCAAGUUCUCUGACUAUUACGAUUAUUCCGACUGAAACAGAUACGCAAGUAAUUACUCACACUAUGAUAAUUACUGAUACCUUUGUACAGUCAGGAACUACGUUUACAACAACAAAAACAGAGAAAUUUACUGAUAAUUUCAUUUCAACAAAAAUUGAAACGAAUGUGACCACUUACACGCACGCAUCUGAUGAUCGCAAACCUUCCAAUUCUGUGGCAAUAGCUGCAAGAGUAAUUAUUACUGUUCUUUCCUUAAUUUUAAUAAUUAUUAUUGCAGGUUACAUUUAUAGGAGGUACAAGCGUAAAACAGACUAUGAUACGUUCUCUACUGACCUCGGAGAUAACGCGAAGACUUCAUAUUUAACUAAAAAUAUCAAAGAUUUAUCAUCUUACACAAAUGAUAAUUCGAUGGUAUCCACAGAAUCAUUGUUGCUCAGUGAUGAUACUUUUGAUCCAGAUUUUUCGGAAUCUUCUAUGUCAAAAGAUGUAGAAUUGCAAAUAUAA